UGGCAGCUGUUUUUAUUAUUUGCAGCAUCAUUCGCACUUUGGUUUUUAUUUGUUUUGUUUUUUACGGAAAAUAGGAAACUGUUUGCAAUUUUCCAGUCGAUCCGGACAAAUAACUUAUACGUUCAACGUAUUCAAGAAAUCUUUGACAACAACUCAUCAAAAAUGCACGGCCGACAAAGGGUGGAACUAUCCCCAGAGGAAGAGGCCAAGAAACAAAAGGAACGCGAGGCGAAAGUGGCUGCUUAUCAGUUUGCUAUGAAAAAGAUAAUUGAAAAGAGGUCUAAAGGAGAAUUGGAUUCUCAAAUGCUUUCAAUUACUGGCCAAGUUUUGGCUGCAAACCCUGAUAUUUCUACCUUAUGGAACAUUCGUAAAGAUACUUUGGAGAAACUGAAGAAAGCAGAGUAUGAUUUAAUCUGUAUAUUAUACAUACUUAACCCAAUACCUAAUUCAGUCAAUUCACAAGAAGCAUUAUAUUUUAGCUUAUCCGACUUUAUGGAUACCGUUGUUCCAAAGGAGUUGGAGUUUUCUGCAUUUUGUUUAAAAAGCAAUCCAAAGUCUUACGGAGCAUGGUAUCAUCGUUGCUGGCUUAUGAAGGAGACUGAAUUUGCAAGAGUGGAAGAAGAGCUUAAUCAUUGUUCCAAAUUUUUAACAUAUGAUGACCGGAAUUUUCACGGGUGGGAUUACCGAAGAUUUCUGCUAGAUAACUGCUCGUUGGUGACAUUUGAAGAAGAGCUACAAUUUUCAACAGAUAAAAUAUCUUCAAACUUUUCAAACUUCUCAUCGUGGCAUUUGCGGUCAAAAAUAUUGCCACAUUUGUCCAAAGAUUACUUGGAAGAGGAAUUAGAAUUAAUUAGAAAUGCUGCAUUUACUGACCCAAAGGACCAAUCUUCAUGGUUGUACCAUUUAUGGUUAUUAAAAUCUCAGCUGAAAAAGGAUGCUCCACAGUUGAGGGUUCUUCAGGUUUCAAAAGUCCAUGUAAUUGCUUGCUUUAAUGUUCCUGUUCCAAUGCCUUCCAUGGAUGACAUCCGUAUCGAGAUACCUGGAAUCAUUUGGAAAAGUCCUUUAAAUUCAGGUCGUUCAAAGCUUUGGAUAGCAAAUACCCCUGCUGAUGCCAUUAAGGAUUCAGAUGUUCAAGUUUCGGUAUCAGGCAAAUACAUCAAAGAAUUAUUUAGCUCGGAUUCAAUGGGUAUAGAAUUAGAUAAACUGCAUGGAAAAUUUGAUUCAUAUUUUGAUGAAGAUACCAAGCCAAAGACACCUGCAUUCGACAAGUUGUUACGCGAAGAACUGGCGUGGGUUGAAGAAUUACACGAACUUGAACCGGAAAUCAAAUGGCCUAUAUACACUGCAAUGACGUUAUUGCGUAUGAUAAAUUUCGUCGAAUUUAAGCCACAGAUUACGGAAUACUUGGACAAACUACAGAAAAUUGAUCCCAAGAGAACCAAUUAUUACAAUGACUUGAGGUCCAAGUUUGUUAUCGAAUGGAUUUUACUCGAUAAAGCAAAAGUAGAUGAGGAGAUUGUAGACUUGAGUGGACUAGAAUUAACAUCAAUAUAUUACCCUGAACGGUUUUGUUAUCAUCGAGUCAUUGACUGUUCAAGAAAUAAGCUAAAAAAUGCAGCGUCACUGGCAUCGUUUGUUAAUUGUCACAUGUUAGACAUUAGCAACAAUCAAAUUCCGGUUAACUUGACUUUGGUGAAAGUACUACAAGGUUUAUUACCUAACUUAAAAUGUAUCAAGUCUUCAGGGAACCAAGGAUUCGGUGUUUCAAUGUUUUCAAAAGAAUUUGCAGACUCCGUAAAAAUUGUAUAAGUUAAAGUUACGGUAUGAUGAUAUUAAGCAAAUUGUUUUUUUUAUAUGUUAAUGACUUGUAUAACAAGUAGAAUAUCAAAGUACAGCGCAUGCAGUGAUAGAUGUGUAUCUCUUGUUAUUUCGUAUUUAUGUGGUACGUGCAAACAUAUAUUAAAUUAGUUGACAUUCAAAAAUUCCCUUAUUACUCUUGUGGUCCAAACAGUGUUUUACGAUUGUCAAUCAGUCAAUUACCAAUAUAUAUUGAUAAGAUAACAAAAUAAAGUUAUUUUUCAUUAUCGACCUUUA